UUUUCGCUGCUUAUACUUUUAAUUAGUUCCAAGUCAUUAAUUGAAAAUGGGAACAAUGUAUUGUAAUAAUAAUUAAAUUGUAAGCUAUAUAAUUGGAUUGCUUCUAAGGAGAAGUCACUCUUUUUUGCAUCUGAACUCGGGUGGAGCGCACCUCGCACAGCUAAAGAAAACGUUAAAUCUUAAUUUCAAAGAUGCACGCUUACGAAGGUUCGCAAUCUUCGUUUCUUAACUCCAUGUACAGACCCAACUCGGCCCUUCAGCCUUCAACCCAGCAAACGUAUUCAGGGUACAAAUCUCAAACAGAUUACCCGAUGGCUGUACGCUUCGACUCGCAUCCACUCCACAGUCUGUCCGCCUACAAUUCAGGUUCCUUCUCAUUCUACCCCUGUGCAUCAAGUCAUCGAUAUGUGCACGACCUGAACUGCAGCUACACCGCCGGGUCUCUACAUAGCGGGUUUGUAGCCUGCCGCAGGCCAAAGAGGAUCAGAACAGCUUUUACUCCGACACAACUUCUUCACUUGGAAAACGCGUUUGAUAAGAACCAUUACAUCGUCGGAACAGAGCGCAAACAACUGGCCUCGUUCUUAAAUCUCUCCGAGACACAAAUAAAGGUCUGGUUUCAGAAUCGAAGGACCAAGUGGAAGCGACAGCAAGCGGAGGAAAAAGCUUCAUCGCAAGCAAAAAGCUCUGGAAUAAGCGUCAGCGAAUGCCACGGGUUAAGCAGUGGACAGAUUCAGAAAGAAGAAAACGACCAUUUGGUGUGAUCUUAUGUUAUGUUCGUUGUACAAUGCUUCUUUAAAUUACAAUUAUAACAGAAGAUCUAAGCCAAAGGUAAUACCCACUUUUGUAUGCAACAUGUUCGAUUUGACACUAGUUAAGUGCUCAAGUUUUGCCGAACACAAUCGCUUGUUUCUGGAACAAUCGAUGCUCCGCCUUAAAAAUCAAAGAACAAUAUCAAAAUCUCCCAGGAUUGUGUGAAGGAACAGCUCUCUUUUAAGAAACUAAAUCUACUCUUGUAUGUACCAGAACGGAGGAAUUGACAGUGCCAGGGUCAAAAUUUAUUCCUUAUUCCCCUGUACAGUUUUCGAUACAUUCUAAGUUCUUGGAUUUCGGUGAAACAUUAAGACAAAAAUUGAUGAUUUUUUAUUGCUCUCAUCACAUUUUUGCUUGACACUGUCUGGAUAUUCUAAGGAGAAAUAAGAUGUUUAUCACUCUUUAGAAUUAACGAAGACAAGGUUAAACAUAUAUAUAUAUUUUUCGGUUUCUUCCUGUUGAGUUGAAUGGUGUGAGAAUAUAACUAAAGGUUUUUGGCCAACAUUGCACUAACGAUGCGAACAAUACACUUUCUGUAUACGGGCGUCAAUGUAUCAUUUCCUUCAAAAUUACAACUUUAUAUAUAGAUAAGAACCCAGAAUAGAGGAAGCACUUUGAGAUAACAGCUUAAGCUAACUUUAAACGAAUUAUGAUAAGGUGUACAAAUGCAAAAAAAGACCUGUAAAAACUGAUAUUAUAUAUAAUGGUACGCGAUUGUCUGAAGUUGUAUUGUACAAAUAAUAGAUUUUCAAAGUAUCCACUGUAAUAUAUACUUGUAUUUGCUUGCCAGCUUCGAGGGCUGUAAAUUUACAAAGCUUUGCUGGAAAAAAUGAGGAAAUAAAGAUUUUGCAAACGUA